CAGCAUGGGACGUGGAUGUUAACAGGGCUGAACAAAGGAACCAACUAUUUGUUUGAGAUCGAGGCAAUGAAUGAUGUUGGACUGAAUAGAUCAGAUGUGGUUAAAUAUACAACAUCAUGCUAUCCUGCUGCAUUGUCUUAUCCUCUGAUUACAAACAUACAUACAUCGUCGUUGUCAAGUGUCAGAUUUGUAGUCGACAUUCCCAGAGGCAAUGGUUGUGGUGUAAUAACUGACUAUUAUGUUACUGAUUGGGUGACAGAGAAGCAUCUUAAUUCAGUGUAUGUUGUCCGAGAUGGAUUGGUUACUGUGACUGUGACUGACUUGGAGGUAGGACGUGAGUAUGAUGUUGUGUUGUACACUCGAAAUCAGUGGGAGAAGAGAGACGAGGAGCUCAUGUGUCGUUUCAAGUAGACGAGGAUAAAGAUUCAACUACAGGCCGUGGUCC